AUGUCUACGAUACCUACGAUGCUACAGAACCGGUUUCAAGAGGCCGAAACGCUAUUGGUAUCCUGGUUUCACAGGGUUGAUUUGCAACGGAGAGAUCUACGACUCAGGAAAGAGUCCGUUAUGACGGGUUGGUCAACGGCAUCUUUCUACAAUGGCGAUUGGCUCAGUGUCGAAGAGCUUCCGCCAUUGACCGCAGCUCUCGUUCUGUCAGACGGUCCACCCGUUCGAAAGCUGAAAGAGCUUCAACCAAAGGAGAUCUUCCAGAGCGUGUCGGGCAAGGUCAUAGUCGACUUUGGUCAUAACUUUGCUGGUUGCGCUAGGAUCACUGUCAGUGGCCCCAGCGGUACCGAUAUCAUUCUCAGAAAUGCUGAGGUACUGGAAAACGGCGAGAUAGAAACCAAGCCCCCACGCACCACCGACGUGCCGGCCCGCAAGUUUGAGAACCUCGAUUUACAUUUCACGGCUUCCGCUAUGUUAAGACUAACAACUGGCCCGUGA